AGAGGCGUUGAAGCUGUUUUAUUUGUCCCACAGAUUGAGUCCCGGUGUCUAACCGAUCUAUUGCCGUUGUAUCAGCUGCAUAUUUGUUCUGAACCUUUAUGCAGUCUAUCAUGAAAACCUCGAAGGAAGCUGUUCAGACCGUCGCAAAGGAGUUUCUUAAUUUUGUUAAUCGUGGAGUUUCACCAUAUCAUGUGGUUGAAGAGUGCAAGACUCGUCUUUUAAAAGCUGGCUUUACAGAGCUGAAGGAAUCUGAACAUUGGGAUAUCAAACCAGCAAAUCUGUACUUUGUGACCCGGAACUACUCCACCAUCAUUGCCUUUGCUGUGGGUGGCCUGUACAAACCAGGCAAUGGAUUCUCCAUCAUAGGAGCUCACACGGAUAGUCCCUGUCUGAGGGUAAAGCCCCGCUCCAAGAAGACAAGGUCAGGCUGCUUACAGGUAGGUGUAGAGUGCUACGGUGGAGGAAUUUGGAACACAUGGUUUGACCGGGAUCUGACUGUUGCAGGCCGUGUCAUGGUCAGGAGUGGAGAUAAGCUGGUGCAUCGUCUCGUUCAUGUCCCUCGGCCUAUCUUGAGGAUCCCUCAUUUGGCUAUUCACCUACAGAGAGACAUCAAUGACUCAUUUGGCCCUAACAAGGAGAACCACCUUGUGCCUUUCCUGGCCACGGCCAUUCAGGAAGAGCUUGAGACAGGUGUUUCUGCUGCUUCUUCCAGUGAUGCCUGCAAUGCAGUUUCCACAGCAGAGAAACACCAUCCAGCUCUGGUCCAGCUGCUGUGUAAUGAGCUGAAGGUCAAGCCUGAUGUUCUGCUGGAUUUUGAGCUGUGUCUGGCAGACACGCAGCCAGCGGCACUAGGAGGUGUGUAUGAAGAGUUCAUUUUUUCUCCUCGUCUGGACAAUCUUCACAGUUGCUUCUGUGCUUUGACCGCUCUGAUAGACACGAGUACUCCUGCCUCUCUCUCGGGAGACCCAAAUAUCCGCAUGGUCACUCUGUAUGACAACGAAGAGGUAGGGUCAGAAAGUGCUCAGGGUGCCAUGUCGAACCUGACCGAGCUUAUUCUGCGUCGCCUGGCAAUCACCAAGGAAAAUCUGACUGCCUUUCAGGAGGCCAUGCCUAUGUCCUUCAUGAUCAGUGCUGACAUGGCUCAUGCUCUGCACCCAAACUACCAAGAUAAGCAUGACGAGAAUCACAGACCAGCUUUCCAUAAGGGUCCAGUCAUAAAAUUUAACAGCAACCAGCGAUACGCCACUACUGCUGUAACUGCCUCCAUGUUACGAGAGAUUGCAGCGAGGAUGGAUGUGCCUCUUCAGGAUGUGAUGGUGCGGAAUGACAGUCCCUGUGGAACAACUAUUGGACCUAUUCUGGCUGCUCGGCUGGGAAUGCCGGUGCUGGAUAUCGGUGCUCCACAGCUGGCCAUGCACUCCAUCAGAGAGAUGUGCUGCACCUCUGGUGUCCUCCAGACCACAACUCUAUUCAAGGGCUUCUUUGAGCACUUCCCAUCCGUGAGAAACAUGGUUGUGGUGGACUAGUGUGCUGCUGGGACACAGCAUAACUAGACAGAUGGCCAGAUGUGUAUCCAAAUAAGGAAAAUCUAAAUCUCAAUCUUAAUGAUGUAUUUGGAUAAUUCAUUUUUACAUUUGUAAAAUUUGUCCUAAUCCAGAGAAAAAUCCCAAAGUAACCUCCUGGCUGCUAAGUAGAACCCUUAUUUGAAGAACACCAUUCUGUAUUUACUCCAUGCAUAGUUGUAUGAACUAGAUGGACUUGUUGUAAAUGUUUCUGGUUUCUAAAUCUUUGGCAGUUUUCUACUUCAGGAAGAGUGGAAUUGUUAAAGACAAUAAAAAAUAAUGUCUAUCUAA